CACCCGGAAAAAGUAACUAAUAUUCUGUUGUCGCCCCUGCAAUCAUGGCUGAUCAACAGCAUACUAUGCGGAAGACCCGUUUUGUUUGCAUCUCUGAUACCCACAAUGCAUCGCCCGGCGGGGCUUUCAAGCUCCCCAAAGGAGAUGUUCUUAUCCAUGCAGGAGAUAUGACGAAUCAGGGUAGCUAUUCAGAGCUACAGAAGACCAUUAAGUGGCUGGAGGAAGCAGAUUUCGAGGCCAAGAUUGUCGUUGCUGGAAACCACGAUAUUACCCUAGACUCUGCCUUCUAUGCCCAGAACGGACGGUACUUCCACAAUAAGGACCCACAAGAUCCUCAGAAAUGUCAAGAGCUCCUGGAAAACUCGCCUUCAAUCUUGUGGCUGAAGCAUGGAUCCGCAGUCAUCGACCUGCAAUCUCCUGCUGGGCCCCGCACCACGUUCAAAAUAUUCGGGUCGCCACUUUCCCCCGCGAAGGGCAUGUGGGCAUUUGGAUACGGAGCAGAUGAGGCAGCGCAUAUAUGGGAAUCGAUUCCUCUCGACUCAGACAUUGUCAUCACCCAUACCCCACCGAAAUAUCACUGUGACGAGACAAAGGAAGGGAGUGCAGCUGGAUGCCCAGCCCUGCGUGAAGCUUUAUGGAGGGUCCGACCUCGACUGGCAAUAUGUGGGCAUGUUCAUGAGGGCAGAGGUGUUGAACGUAUCCGCUGGGACAUUGGGGGGUCAAAUACCAAAUAUAGGGAAGAAUGUGUCAAGAGAUGGGAAGACCCGGGCAAGGAUAAUAAGAAGAUGUCUUUGGUUGAUCUCACAGACAAAGGAGGGGGAAUGAUUCAGAAUGAUGGUUCAUCCGGUCAUUGGAACGGCGAGGAAAACGCGGGCUCCUCGAAGAGUUCGGGUCCAGUCAACUCGCCAGCCUCUUCGUUACAAACAGAUUCGAACACGAGCAGUGAAGCGCCUGUCACACUCGGAACCUCACGGGUUACAACAAAUGUCCUAACCACCCCAACAGAAUCUCUAACUUCAGCUAGUCGGGGCCAUGGGGGUAUGCCUCCUCCCCAAAGAUGCGACCCUGAAGCUUUGUCUGGACGAUUGGGACGCCGGG